AUGGCCGCUGCAGCUCCCGUUUUUUCUGUGGACAGAUUCCUCGCAAAGAGCGAGGGCGUGAAGUUCAAGGAGGGCGAAGAGCUCCCGGAGACGAUUGACUUUUUGGACUUCAUCUUCGAGGUGUGCCUGCUCUUCGACUCGCUCGGCAAGGCCGGCUUCAGCUUCGUCAAGAGCGAUCUCGAGACCAAGAGCGGAAUCAUCCGAGUGAUCCAUGACAAGAACCCCGAGGACAACCACACCCUGCAGCAGAUGGUGGAGCGUGAGAUGGCGGAGAAGACCGAGCGUACGCCGGCGUCGGGCAGCCGAACGCUGCUGCGCCUGAUGUGGGGCUGCCAGUUCAUCCGCAUCCUGCUGAAGGAGCUCGACGCCAACGACAGCCUGUCGACCAAGGACGCCCUCCGCAUCUCCUACGACAAGGUCCUCGCGCCGCACCACCCGUGGCUCAUCCGCAAGACCGUCGGCGCCGCGCUCCACCUGGCGCCCGACCGCAACAAGUUCCUGGCCAAGCUCGGCGUGGACAUGGACAAGAAGGACGAGUACCUCUCCCGAAUCGAGACCUCGCUGGGCGUCACCUGCGACCGCAUGUACGCCUACUACGAGAAGAACGGCCUCCUCGACCUCCCCUGA